UGAACGAAAAGGCACGAGGGAAGCGGAAGUUUAAAAUAAAACCGGAAGUUGGCUCUUGAGGUAUUUGACAUGGCUGGAGUUAUUAUUUUUAAAUUAUAAAUAUUUUUUGGGUUUUAUUGCAUGUCAUGGAGAGCCGUUAAUGUGUAAGACAUUGUUUUUAACUAUGCCUUUUGUCUGAACUGGACGCUGUCAUGGCGCGAGUGGCUGGAGAUAUUAUUCAUUUAAACGUCGGAGGAAAGAGGUUCAGUACCUCCAGGCAGACUUUGACAUGGGUACCUGACUCCUUUUUCUCAAGCCUGUUGAGUGGCCGGAUAUCCACCUUAAAAGAUGAAACGGGAGCGAUUUUCAUCGAUCGUGAUCCUUCACUUUUUGCUCCGAUUCUGAAUUUCCUGCGCACAAAAGAACUGCAUCCCAGGUCUACAGAUGUGAAUUUACUGAUGCAUGAAGCUGAGUUCUAUGGAAUUACACCAUUAGUGCGUAAACUGCAGCUGUGUGAUGAGCUAGAUCGUUCAUCAUGUGGCACAGUGCUGUUUAAUGGCUAUCUUCCUCCUCCAGUGUAUCCUGUGAAGCGCAGGAACAGACACAGCGUUGCUGGCUCUCAGUUCAUGGCUGGCCGAGCUGUCCCUCUUGAGAGAGCCACGGUCCGACGCAGCAACACAAUGCCACCCAACCUGGGCAAUGCAGGCAUGCUGGCAAAAACUACUGCAACAGAAGAGAAAAUGUCAGGUCAGGGCUCAGAUCCAGGAAUGGUACGGAUCAUAUGUGGCCAUCAUAACUGGAUUGCAGUCGCUUAUGCACAGUUUGUGGUGUGUUACAGGGUUAAGGAGUCGACAGGCUGGCAGCAAGUGUUUUCGAGCCCCAGACUGGACUGGAUAAUCGAUCGAGUAGCACUCAAUGCUAAAGUCAUGGGCGGAUCACUCGGAGACAAUGACAAGAUGGUUGCAGUGGCGUCUGGGACAGAGAUCAUAUUAUGGGCAGUGUGUCCUGAUGGAAAUGGAAAUGAGAUUGGUGUCUUUAGCUUAAGUGUGCCGGUGGAGGCUCUAUUCUUUGUGGGGAAUCAGCUCAUUGCCACAAGCCACACAGGGAAAGUUGGUGUGUGGAACGCUGUAACCAAACACUGGCAGAAUCAGGAUGUGGUUCCCAUAAACAGUUAUGACACAGCAGGGUCCUUCCUCAUCCUUGGCUGUAAUAACGGAUCCAUUUAUUACAUUGACGUGCAGAAGUUUCCAUUAAGGAUGAAGGAUAAUGAUUUACUGGUGACAGAGUUGUACCGAGAUCCCAGCGAAGACGCCAUCACAGCACUUAGCGUCUAUCUUACACCUAAAACGAGUGACAGUGGGAACUGGAUUGAGAUUGCGUAUGGCACCAGCUCAGGAGCAGUGCGUGUGAUUGUUCAGCACCCCGAGACAGUGGGCUCAGGGCCACAACUCUUUCAGACUUUCAGCGUUCAUCGGAGUCCUGUUAGCAAAAUAAUGCUGUCAGAGAAACACCUUAUCUCAGUGUGUGCAGAUAAUAACCAUGUGCGUACCUGGACUGUAACACGGUUCAGAGGAAUGAUCUCCACCCAACCAGGCUCCACCCCUCUCAGCUCAUUUAAAAUACUCUCACUGGAUGAUAUUGAUGGACAUGCAGGCUGCAGUGCUGGCACUGAGAUUGGUCCAUAUGGAGAGAGAGAUGAGCAGCAGGUGUUUAUUCAGCGCGUCGUUCCUGACACUGAUAAACUCUAUGUACGGCUGUCCUCUAAUGGCAAAAGAGUGUGUGAGGUGCGCUCUGUGGAUGGAACCUCUAUCACAGCUUUUGUGGUUCACGAGUGUGAGGGGUCAAGCCGCAUCGGGUCACGGCCACGCCGCUUCCUGUUCAGUGGCCAUGGCAAUGGCAGCAUUCAGAUGUGGGACCUGACAACAGCAAUGGAGAUCGCAGCCAAGGUGGACAUAAAAGCACUAGGAGGCCCGACUGAGGAGGAGCUGUUGGAGUUGUUGGAUCAGUGUGACUUAGCAUUGACCAGGACACCAGACAUGAGUCCUGCUGCAUCGCUCACACACUCUUCUCGUAACUCUACCUGCAGUUUGCAGUCCCAGUUGAGUGAGAGUGCUCGUGUUGGUGGGUUUGGUGUUCGUGGUGUAACUCUUCCAAGACCUCAGCAAGCGUUUAUAAGAGUACGUGAUAUUCCUCCUCAUCUUGGCCUCAGCAUGAGUUCUCUGAACAGCAACAUGAGUGAACGAGAGAGGGAGCGACACCAGGACCGAGAGAGAGACAGAGAUGGUCUUUUUGCUCCUCGGAGAGGCAGCUUUGUAGAACGAUGUCAGGAACGAGCCAAAAUCUCAGACCUUGCAGGAACAGAAGCUCGUCUCGGCCUCAGACCUCAUUUACCACCAUCAUCAUCCAGGAGGCCUGCCCCCUCUAUCCCAAGCCAUGCCUCCUCAUCAAAUUUGAGCCCAGUCAGAUCACAGACGCCCACAUCUCCACGACGAGGACCCACAUUGCCUGUAGGCGAAGCCACUCCCCCUGAUGCAGGGCCUAAGCUAGAAAGCCCUUCUUCACCACCACCAACUAGUCCUAAACCACAUAUGAACGAGACCAGCUUCUAAUUGACACAUAAAUGGACACUCCCACUCAGCCAUGCACCUACUGUUCAGGUGAUUUAGUGGGAAUUGGGGGUAUAGCAUCAAGUUUGUAUUUCUCUCAUUUUAUUUCUCUAGCGUUUGUCUUUUUUUUCUUGAUUUUUCUUGUUUUUUUCUCCUUAUUUAAUUUUUUCUUUAUCAUUUAUUUAUCUUUGUCUUCUGUGUGUGUGUGUGUGUGUGUGUGUGUGAGAGAGAGAGAUCAUUUGGUUUUGACCCAACAUUUGAAAUAUACACAACUGUGUGCGCUCCUAAUGCAUACAUUUUCAGGAAAUUGCUGCUUUGUAAAUUUAAUGCAGAGCUACACAAUAAUGUAAUGUUACAAAAUAAUGACUUAUGUUAACUGAUGUGUGUUAACCUCCAACCAGAUUUUUCUAGACUUCAUCUGAUCAUAUACUGAUGAUAAAUCUUCAUAUUCUAACAAUUGCCCAACACUUUUAUCAUGGUUUGUGAUCACACUAUAUGGUGUUUUAAAGUGUGAAAUGGGUAACCAAGGCCCUAGGACCAGAUUGGUUUUAAAUAAAGGCUCCUCCAGGUAGCCCAGAAAUGCUGCCUAUUUUUCGACCUAAUGGCACACGUGUUAUGCUUUUCCUAAUAUGUAUUAAUAUUUUUUUUAAGUCACAGGUGUAGGCUCGUGGUGUUCUUACAGAUAUCAUCGCCAUGAAAAUAUUGAGGGUUUUGUCUGUUUUGUAGUCUUUUUUUUUUUUUCUUAAUGACUUGAUCAUGUUGAAUAGUAUGUAACCCCUUAAAUUCCUGGAGUAUUACUCUGUAAUUCAUCUUAAAGUACACUAUGUAGCAACUGCCAUGAAUUGCUUAGUAAUUUCAGUAAAACUAAGAGGAAAGUGAGGUAGUUACAAUAGUGAAUGUUGUCUCCUGCAGGUCCAGACAAUGUCUUGGGAAUUUAAGGGGUUAAUAUGUAUUAAGUAUUCAGUAUAUGCAUAAGUAUACAUAAAGUGUAUAAACAUUUAUAUAUUUAAAUUGAAGUCACAACAAAGUUAAAAUAAAUAUUGUACAAGAAACACAUUUCUGAAGUAUUUUCUCAUUGCACAUCUCAUGGAACCGAGAUGCUUGUGUGGUAACCACUGGGGAAUCCCAAAUAUUGAAGUGUUUUAUUCUUAUACCACAGCAAUUUGCCAACAAUUGUCAUUUUUCUUUUCAGCAGUUAAUGUUAAUUAAUAUAAAAUAUUAAUAUAAACGUGUUUGACUGUCAAUCCGACUGUUGUAGAAAAUUAACACUUCAUGCAUGGAUACACAUGUGCAUGCAUAUUAUUGAUUUGUAGGUUACAGUGCAUGUAGUUUGAGUUGGGGCGUGUUGAAUGCACUCUGAUUUUCUCCCCUAAAUCUACUGUUAAUGUUUGAUUGUAUCUGUGAAUUAGUGACCAAGUGCUCUUAUUUGCAGAGUAUAAUUAUUGAAUGUACUUGGGUUGCUGCAAAUAAAUACACUAUGUGGCUAAA